UUCUAGUGUUGGAAUUUCCUGCAUUAUUAUAACAAAUUUUUACAGAACUAAUACAGACGUAUAGGGAUCCUGUCCUUAAUUAACAUAUGGCUUAGUUGUGUAUUCGAGAUUAGUAAAGUUUUUGUGUGUGGAAUCGGCUCUCAUGAAUCUUCGAUUCAUUUCAGGAAUCGAGCAGCCCCUACAAUAUAUAGUGAUUUCAACACACCGUACGAAACAGCAUAUAAAAACAAUAUACCCGUAAUGUUUAAUCAUACCGGGUUAUACAAUACCAAAGAGAAAAAUCUGUUUAAAUCUUACUCCAGGAAUGUUAUUCCAAAUCUGGCCGCUAGACAGAAUGCCUAAAAAGAAGAGAAACAGCGCACUAGCAGGCCAGUCAGGAGACAAUCCGCGGGAUUAUAAUCCGGGGCCAAACGGAGCAGAUGCGGUGGCACGCGAUCUCCCGGGACCGAAUAUGUCCGGAUUGAGUUUGCACAACAAGGAUGAGAUCGUGAGGAGCAUGCACGACAUGUUUUCUCACUUGGACCCUGAUGUGAUUUACAUAGUGCUUUCCGAGGCCGAUUUUAAAGUGGAAAAUGCUAUGGAUGCUCUUCUAGAGUUGUCUGGUGCUGCUGAGGGCAAAACCACAACAACUCCUUCGCUUUCAGGUUUUGAAAUGGCUGCUGCUCUGCUGGAACCAUGUCCGCCUCACACUAAAUCGUCCACAAUAAGCUCAGUCAUAUCAGCAGCAUCCAGUUCUGAAGGGUCACAUCAGGAGCUCAGCCCGGAAACUCAACUAACUGAAGAAUUUGAUUCUCUUAUUGACCGAGAACUGGAAUCUUUAGCGAUGGUCCAGUCUCUACCAUCCUCUAUUAAUCCUUUUAUCUUGCCUCUACCUUCUGAGUCAGUUCACCGUUCCUCUGGAGCUCCACUGAGUCCUCUUGUCACUCAAGAAGCUUUGAUGAAGCUUGAUCAGCUGGAUGUGGAAAAUGACUUCAAAUCAGGAUCUUUAAGUGAGCCGAGUUCCUACCCCUCUGCCAAGAUUGGUGAUGCUCAAAGAAAUGCUUCACCGAUAAACGAGCUCAGUUUGGGGGGUGUAUCUUUGCCCCAAGAGACUGGUAUCUCUGUUGAUUUUAGUCACUUGACACUCAAUUCCACCUGCGAUACCCCAAGACCCUCAGCUUUUAAGACCUACCGCAGACCUGGCGAGUUUCCGAAGCAAACAUCCGCACCGGUCCCACAGUCUCAUAGUCAGCAACCACUAUGGAAUUUUCAAACUCCAGAUUUCAGGCAGUGCCUGGAGAGACCAACUUUUAUCACACCUGUUGUUCAAGCUCCUAACCCCUGGACAACCAAUCCUUCUUCUAGGACUCAAUGGAUGCCUCCUGGUCAAGCACCUCUGAAGCCGUCAGCCACUGUUCCUAAGUCAUGGAUGGUUUCUUCUCAGAGUCGACUCAGGCUGGAGGGGCAGGUACUGGUACUGCUCAGAGGAGCUCCAGGAUCGGGCAAAAGUACAUAUGCCAGUGCAAUGUUGGAGCAAAACCCUGGUGGAAUAGUCUUAAGUACUGACGAGUACUUCACCCAGGACGGAGUUUACCAUUUCAAGCCGCAUUUACUUGGAAAUGCCCAUGCAUGGAACCAUAAGAGAGCAAAAGAAGCUUUUGAGAAAGGUCUUACCCCUAUAAUUAUAGACAACACCAAUUUACAGUGCUGGGAGAUGAAGCCCUAUGUUGCAUUGGCACAGAAGCACAAAUACAGAGUGCUGUUCCGCGAACCCAACACCUGGUGGAAAACCAAACCCAGAGAGCUGGAGAAACGUACUAAACAUGGAGUAACAAGGGAAAAGAUUCGACGCAUGCUGGAGAACCAAGAUCGUUUUGUAUCUGUCCAGAAUAUAAUGGCUUCACAGCCCAAACCCACAGCCAUCUAUGGUGUGGACGUGUGUCAAACAGAGCAUUCUUCAGUAAACCGUCCUGACUUGGUGGGUGACCCUGGGUUUGUUAAACCUGGUAGCUAUCUCUCCUCCUCUCUGCCUGAUGUUUCAUCAGUUGGCUGUAAAUCUGGAUAUACUUCAGGAAACACGGGUUCACCAAAAAGCAACAUUGGAUCACAUGACUCCGAGGAAUACAUGUCCUCCCAGGAAGAUGUUGCAGAACAUAUUGAAGUACAACAGCCUGAGAAUCUAGGUGGCGCUGACUUUGAACUGGAUGCCUGUAUGGCACGGAACUUGGAAGAGCCUGUGUUGUUUGCAGAGUCGAUUGGCCAGCGGGUGAAGAGAGUGAGAGAGCACACCAGAACUGAAGAUGGAGAUGCUAGCACUCUGAACAUGAGUGAUUCUGUAAAUAAAGCAAGUCAGGAUGGUUCUGUGGAUGAUUACACUAGGGAUGCUGUUAGUUUGAAUACAGAAAAGCUCAGAUUUGUGGGAGAUUGGCCCUCUGAAGGCCUUGAACAGCGUGGGCGAAAGUCAACAUCUCAGAAAGUGAAAAACCCAAAGGAGGAAAUGGCAAACUUUGAAGAAGAUGCAACUAAACCUGAGGAUACAUUUUUAAAACAUUUUAAUUCUGAAACCCCAAAUAAGACAGAGUUCCAGAAGCUUCUAGAUCUUCUUCAAGGAGACAAUUACCAAAUCACCCAAGAAACAACUCAGGACUUUCUACUGUUAGGUGGUGACAGGAAUCAUUCAGUCUUAGCAAGUGAGGACCAGCCAGUACUCCCUGAGUGUGUCCUUGAUCGGAAUUCUGAAAUAUCCAGCGAUCCAGGAAAUGGUACCACUCAUAGCUCAAGCCCCAUCAAAGAGCUUGAGACCAGUCAGGAUGAGUCUUCCAAAAGGGGAAUAAAAGAGGCUUGUGCAGAUGUAGAUACUCCAGCAAAUGGAGUAACGGAUCUGGAGAUAGGUUCAGAGCAUAAAGAUAAAACAAACAGUAAUGCGAAUGUGUCUCUAAGCUCAGGAGGUGAAGUGGAGUAUAGUUCUGAAUCUAGCCAGGAGAAAAGGAAAGUUCACAGUCGGAGGGCUGGAAAAUCCUGCAAGUUGGCCCUUACAUUCAUGCAUCAAAGCCCUUCAUCUUGUCCUCAUCCUGGGUCUUCAAUCACGUCACUGCAGCAGUCAGAGCUGAGUCCUUCAUCAGAAAUGAUUUUCACAACGUGCCCAAGUGCCUUUUCCCAAACAGAACCUCAGGACUUUGCCCUCCUUUGGCGAAUUAACCAGCAAAAACCUUUUGAGCCAGAGCCAGACAGCUCUUCCAUGGGAAUAGUUAUUUUGGAGGGAAACCCUGUGCAUUUUCUUCCAAAAUUAAAUGAACAGAAAUCAUCUGAAAUGAAGGUGAUACCAUACCGUGUGUGUCAUGAGAAAGGCUCACAGGUAGAGGAGAACGACUUGAACGAAUUACCCUUCAAACAGGACAGCCUGGAAAUACUUAGAUGCCAUUUUAAACAUGUCCCCAAGGAGACUCUGGAGGACUUGUAUGAAAAGUGUUACCAGGAUAUAGAGUGGACCACCAACUUGCUACUUGAUUCAGGGGAACAUCUUUGUAAGGAUGACGAUCAAUAUGCGGAAGGAUACGGUUUAGUUCAGGGUUCUGUGGAAGAAUCUUGUGAUCAUCAGGUGACGGGGGAGCCAAAAAUAAUCUGCACAAAAGACACACUAACAGAAGAGACUGGCAGUAAUUGCUGUGAAAACCCUGCUAUUAUAGUACCAAAUAACACCAACUCGACUAUGAGCAUUGUUGAUAAGGAACCUGAGGACAUUAAUGACCAGGGCAUCGAACUUGAAGAGCAAGAUCAAAAGCAACGUGCAAAUGAACCUGCUGGAGAGAAUAAAGCGCUAAAAGAUUCUUUACCGACAGCGUUAGAAAGUGAAGUCCCAGAAGCUGAGGUAUAUGAGAAGUAUCUUGAUGGAGGACUUGAGGAUGAGAUAGAAGAAGACCGAGAGACAAAAGAAGUAAACACAUCGUCACUGCUAGAAGAGAUGGAGUGCAAGAAGGAGGAACAAAGAAAGGAAAAAGAAAAAGAGGGAAGAGGUCAGAGGAAAAACGGGCCAAUGGACAUUCAGACCCUAGAGCUGAAACUAACCACAGAACUUGCCCUGCAGCUCACUGAGCUGUUUGGUCCUGUAGGGAUCUCCCCAGGUGAGUUUUCUGCGGAAAACUGCUCAGUGCUGAUGGACCUAAACGUAGCCAAACUCCUGCAUCAGAAAUGGAAAGAAACUAUCCAGGAAAAGCACAGACAAGCAGCUCUCUCAUAUCAUCUUCUACAGGAAAGUUCUGUACACUGGGGUGAGUCACAGUCAGCCACUGCUGGGUUGAGGGACUCAGACACUCACUUUCUGAUUGGCGCAGACGGGUAUUCAUCACUCAGCAACCAAUCAGCUUUUCAGGAAUGUUUUCCUUUCAUGGACCACUGGAAUGUGUCCCGUCCCCCAGUUUCCCUCAGGGGCAUCAUGCUUGAAGAGCAGGUUUUGCAGGACAGUUUAGAGAAGUCCAGAUUAAGUCGCUGGGAUCUGGACAAGAAAGACGGAGCAGCCGUAGUAAAGGAGAAACAGCUCUUUGCUCUCUUUCCCACCAUUGACCGGCACUUCCUCAGGGACAUCUUCAGAGACCACAAUUACUCUCUGGAGCAGACCGAGCAGUUUCUACACACACUGUUAGACGACGAACCUGUGAGAACCGUAGCAGCGACUGAAUCAGUCCCGGGAAAUAAUGAAAAGCGUAGAGUGCCGAGCAAAGAGAGGAAGCAGAAGAAUGUAAUAGACUCAGUACAGUUCCAGGACAUAGAAGAUCCAGAAUACGAAGACUUUCGUACAGAAGCUACGCUCCAGAGACGGCGGCAGCAGGAGUGCUUUGAUAAAGCCGCUGAAGCCCACAGACAAGGGCGCAAGGACGUGGCCAGCUUCUACGCUAAUCAGGGUCACUUACACGGGCAGAAGAUGAAGGAGGCAAAUCAUCGCGCAGCAGUGCAAAUAUUUGAACGUGUUAACUCAACACUUCUGCCUCAGAACGUUCUGGAUCUUCAUGGUCUGCAUGUCAAUGAGGCUCUGCAUCACUUACAGCAAGUUCUCGUUAAUAAAACCACAGAAUGGCAGCAGGGCUUGUGCCGUCCCCAGCUCUCAGUCAUCACGGGGAGAGGCAACCACAGCCAAGGAGGUGUGGCGCGUAUCAGACCUGCUGUUCUCGACUACCUCAGGAGCCAACAUUACAAAUAUACAGAGCCUAAAGAGGGUUUGGUGAUCGUCAUGCUGCACUGCGCUGAUUAUUAGCUGCUGCUGAGAAAUGAAGGGAAUUUACUUUCUUCCUACACAUUUAAAUACUGUUAAAUAAUCUCUCUCUCACUCUCUCUCUCUCUCUCUCUCUCUCUCUCUCUCUCUCUCUCUCUCUGUCUCUCUCUCUCUCUCUCUGUCUCUCACAUUUAACCCUUACAUAGGUUUCAUUGUGUUUCUCUCUUAAUGCACCAAGUCCCCCCCCUCCCCCUACCUCUCUCUCCCUCCCUCUCUCUCCCUCCCUCCCCCUCUCUCAUAUAUGUAUACGAAAGAAACUCUACUUUUGUAGAUAUUGUAAAGAAAGUUUGGUUCUAUAUCUGUAUAGAAAAUGUGUAGAAGCUCUGACACACAUUUGAUUUUAUGGUUAUAAUGUUAAGGCCCAGUUGUGCCCAAAUAUGUUAUUGUUAUAAAUUUUAGUUUUUGAAACACAACACAGUAACAUCAUAUUUAUUUAAUAUCAGUCAAAUGCUUGUGGACCAAAUAUGUUAAAAGCAAAUUUUUAGUCUUUUAUACAGUUAUACAGUUCAAAGAAUUGUGUGUGUGUGUGUGUGUGUGUGUGUGUGUGUGUGUGUGUGUGUGUGUGUGUGUGUGUGUGUGUGUGUGUGUGUGUGUUAGUGUUAAAUUGGUGAAACUGACCGUUUGUGUCACACUAAUUUUUAUCCUUCCUGUUUUUCUUUUCUUCUUGAUGAAAGACAUUUAAAUAAUAAUUACAUUUAAUCUAUUUACAAACAGAAUCAAAGUCGAUUAUGUUUUUAUGUAGAAUUUUAUAGUUUGUAAUGCUGCAUUUUUUACUGAUACCUGUGUUGAUACUUUUCAGAUUUGUAUAUUUUGAAAA